AUUGGCUGGCGAGGUGGGACUGAUGCCACGGUGAGCCCCGCCCGGAGCGAGAUGGGCGGGGCGAUCGCUGCCUGACGGGGCCCCCACCCUCUCUCCCGCCGGGCGCCGCGGCGGCAGCAGUUACUUAGCGGUUGGGAGCGGGCGUUCGCUGCGGCUUUCUCUGCCUGGAAGAUUGCGCCGCGGGGGUGUGCGACGCAGCGGCUUCUCCCCUCGCCAUGUCUAAGGAAGCGAAGAAGCCCUUCCGCCAGACCAUGACCGAGUGGCGGCAGUUCAUCUACAACCCAAACAGCGGCGAGUUCCUGGGGCGCACCGCUAAGAGUUGGGGUUUGAUCUUACUAUUCUAUCUGGUAUUUUAUGGCUUCCUGGCAGCACUCUUCACAUUCACGAUGUGGGUUAUGCUUCAGACACUGAGCAAUGAUAUACCAAAAUAUCGUGACCGGAUUGCUAGUCCAGGACUUAUGAUUUCACCAAAGCCAGACACUGCAUUGGAAUUCUACUUCAACAAGAGUGAUGCCAUGUCAUAUGCAGAAUAUAUUUCUACACUUAAAAAAUUUCUUGAAUCAUAUGAUGAUUCAAAGCAAUCCCAAAACAUAAACUGUACACCAGGAAGUAUUUUUGAUCAGAAUGAUGUAGCUGUUAAAAAGGCAUGUCGCUUUAACCUCUCUGAGCUGGGGCCGUGCUCUGGAAAGGAAGAUAAGACUUUUGGCUAUUCUAAAGGAACUCCCUGUGUGCUCGUGAAAGUGAACAGAAUAAUUGGAUUAAAGCCUGAAGGAGAACCACAUAUAUUCUGUACAUCUAAGGAAGAAGGCAUGGUUCAGAUAAAUUAUUUUCCUCGCGGAGGCUCAAUUGACUUAAUGUACUUUCCAUACUAUGGAAAAAGCUUGCAUGCUCACUAUUUACAGCCUUUAGUGGCUGUUCAACUAGAAUUUAACUCCACUAGUACCAAAGAAGAAAUAACAAUUGAGUGUAAGAUCCUGGGCUCACCUAACAUAAAAAAUGAAGAUGACCGUGACAAGUUUCUGGGACGAAUUGCCUUCAAAGUUCAGAUGACUGAAUAGCAAGAGUAAAAGAUUCUUCACAAGUAAAAGUUGUGUUGUCUGUUUUGUAUCAGCUGGACAUGCCAUUCCUAGGAUAUGAGACCACCUUGGAGAAUGUUAAGGUGGUUUAUGGCAUUCAGGGUAGCAUAAUGAUAUGCUUCCAAAUUGUAUGUUUGAAAUCCCUCAAAAUAAAUGCCUAUCCUGCUUCUGCCUGCCCCAUUGGAACAGUGUACAGACUAUAGUUAUGUCAUAGGGACCUGUAAAUAGCUGUUUUGAAACACAUAAUAGUGACCUUUUUCCUGUUCUAAAAUGUGGUUUUAUCCCCCAAGUGAGUGUCUCAAGCUUCAUGUGCUGUGCUAUGUAAAUAUUGUAUUGAUUUAACACUGGUUUAACUGUCAUAUCUCAAUGCUGACACCAUUAUAGGGAUAAAUAAUAAAUGGUACCUGAUUGGCAUAGUGACUUUUUUUUUUUUUUUUAUUUCUUUUGUGAAAGUAAACCCCUCCAACGUAAAUUGUGUGUGCGGGAGCGGGUGGGUGGCUGGCUGGCUGUGUGGAGAUGCCUUAAAUUGUAGAUUGGGUGGCGUGGGAGAAUUGGAAUGGAUUUUUAAGAGUUGGUAUGGGUUUCUGAAAGGAAGUGCUCAACUAGUACUUUUUUGUGUGUGUCACUGUGCAAGUAUUGUGUACAUGUAAUACUUGGUAUAGAGUUCGGUAUUCUAGCAGAGGAAUUGAAUUUUUUUCGUGUUGUUAUUUGCUUGCAAUAUAUGGAGCACAAAUCUAUGAUAUUAAAACUUUUUAAUUCAGAAAUAUCAAUAUACAACAAUUUAAAUUGCUUAGGGUCCUGGUAACAGUUGAACUACAGAGCUGCUUGAAAGAAAUGGCUUGACUAUUGUAGGAAUAGGCUGUCAUUUUCCAAUUGAAAAAUUUCCUGAAGAAACUGUUAAAAUAUAUAUAUAUAAAAAGGAUUGUCAUGAUUAAACAUUUCUGUUUAAUUUAUGUACUCUGUUUCAUUGCAUCAUUUUAACAUGCUUUCUCUUUUGUCUGCUGUUUCAUCUUGGUUUUUUUAUUAUCUCAUCAUCCAUUUAGAAAACUGGUGCCACCAACCGCUUUAUAGAAAUACCUUAUUGACUUCGAGUAGGUUACUUGUAGUUUUAUUUACACAGUUACUGAAAUGUCUACAAAUAGACUGGUUUAUUUGUCACUGCUCCUCACAUUAAACCAAGUCCACCCAUUGUACUGGUUUAUAACUUAUAUAUGUUGUACUUACAUGGGAUUAUAUCGCUCAUCCCUAGUGUUUUUUGAUUGGGUGGUUUGAUCUUAUUUGAGGUUUUUUUGAGCACAUGAGCCACAUUCUGAUGUCUUCUCAAUAUUAAACACCACAGCAAAUCAUCAUUUGUGUAAAUACCUGUAUGUUCUACUAGUUAGGCCUGACUUUGCUACUGAAUAUGCUUUUAUGCUUAAUUCUUACAGUGUUUUUUAAUAUUAUAUUUAAACAAAUUGAAUGAAUUAUUACUAAAAUUCAAGAUCCAGUCAUAAAGCUCUGAAAAUGUUUGAGCCAAUCUAAGCCACAUUAGUGCAAAAUGUUUUGACACCUGUCCAAGCUUACACUGGUGGCACAGUUGCGGGAAGCUGCUCUUCAAGGGACUUGAACAGUGUCUUGAACCUUAUUAAAAUAGAUUUAUACUGAUCUGAUACCAUUCAGCAUGCUUUUUUUGUUGUCUACAAAAGAAAAACUGUCGUUCCUACAAUAUGCAAUGGGUACUUUUGUAAUAAUAGCAUGCAUUAAUAUUUAAGAAGAAUGUUUUUUCAAAAUAUUCCAUUACUAAUGUGUUACAUGAUGCACUUUUAGAGCUGGGAUAUCUGAGUUCUUGAAAACAGACUAAUUGCUUCUCUGUAUAUUCAUACUGCCUGAAAGUAUUUAAAUAGUCCUGAGGGAACUUAAAGUGUAGAUGUUGCAUCUGAAAAUGUGAAGGACUAGUGUCAUGUAAAAAAUUUUUCACAUUUGUGUUCACAUAGGAAUUAUAAAGUUCUGGAUAAACACUUGGUUUUCAAAUGAUCUGAUUUUGGAACAAUUUCUCUUUUGACUUCUAUAUAGACAAAGCAUGAAAUGGCAACUCUUCACCAGCACUUUUCAGACAGGUAGAACUCAAUAAAAUCCUGUUCUCCCUA